AUGCUGAAGCUUGCUUAUUUUUCUGUGUUGCUCCUAAUUGUCCUGAAUGUGCACGGAUUUCUGGCGAAUUCGCAGGACAAUGGGAAUGGGAUGGUGGAUUUAAUUCGCGAGGCCAGUUCCAAAAUGAAAAACAUCCACGGCGAGCAGCAAUCGGAAUUGGACUCCCAAUUUCUGGCGGUUCAGAAAAAGCUGGAGGACCAGAAUAAAGCCAUUUUUGAAUCUUUUGAGGCGAGAUUGAAUGGAACGGAGGGACAACUACGGAUGUUUGAGAUUAAAGUGGAAGCUCAACUAAAGGAGCUUCAAAACAAAACUGAAAACCAACUUCUGGCACUGGAGAACCAACUAUCGGCCUUUCAGAAAACCCUUCUCGAAACCCUUUCCACAAUUAAUAACACGAUCAUGCAUCCGAAGUUUGAGCUAAUUGGCUCUAGAUAUUUUUAUAUCGAACAUAAUAUUUUAAAAUCCUGGGAGGAGGCUGCAGAAACAUGUCGUGGAAUGGGCGGCUAUUUGGCGGCUUUCAAAACCGAAGAGGAACUCGCAGCCAUAAUGCCGAAACUUAAAGAACCAUAUUUCUGGUACUGGACUGGCAUCAAGCAUUUGAAGGAAGAUGGAAAGUUCAUAUCUACGGCCUCCGGGAAGCCUGCCACCGUUCUUAAGUGGAACAGCGGAGAGCCCAGGCUUCAAAAUGCAUGCGCGGGCAAGAAAACGGCCCUUUAA